AUGUGUGACCUUUAUACGCUUGUCUGGGUCUACCCUUCUUUUUGUCACAGUUGUGUGUGGUAUCCUGGAGAAAGUUUUACUUUGGCUAUGAAGAUCUUUUCAUAUGCUCAGAUAAUACCUUUGCUCGCUCUCUGUAAUAAACCUCCUGUAGUUUCGAAAAAGUCCAAGUUAUGUGGCAAUGAAUUGUGUGACGAGGUUCUUUUCAAAACGAGAGUGAAAAGAGCGAUGAGCUCUAAUCAUGAAGCAUUUUUACCCCUCGUUGAAGGUGAUGUAGUCGACGUCACAGCCGUGAAGUUCAGUGACCGCACUGAUCUUAUGGAAGGGAUGUUGGUUGAUGGAAGAAAGGGAAACGUUUAUGUUGGCGCGAUUGAUCUAGGACCAUAUGUUGAGUUUCUGCGAAGUGCAAUAGAAAUGAGAAAAGAACUGAAGGAAAUGAGCCAGGAUCGCGUAGAUUUUGGCUCCAGGAAAGUCCUUGGUACUAUUCGUGCAGAUUUGCAUCUAGUGCGCGACUACAAUGUGCAAGCUCGUCAAUACGCUCAGGAACAAAACAUUCCCAAACCCGAAUUUCUUCCUCUACCUGCUGAUGCAAACAUAAAUAUAGGUCAUAUGUAUAAAGACGUGGGCAGCCACAGCCGUGUACACGGUCAUGGUACAGGAAACGUCCUUGACGACAUUUCCUACGAAGACUCUCAAAAUUCUCGCUUCCACAGAAGUAAUGAUGAGGCUGAUAUGCAGGGAAGCGCUUAUACAAAGCGUAUUCUUGAUGAUUCUCCCAGGCAAUAUUCUACUGAAGAGUUCUCCAGUGUGCUUGCCAAUAAUGAUUUAAACAAUGUACUGCCCAACGGACGGUCUGCCGAUAUCGUUGGUUACGAAUCUGCUACUGAUUUACAUGGUCCAAAUCAAAGCAAUGCUGAUGACAUUUCUCCCCAAGAUUCAUCUGUUGUCAUUGUGGCACGAUCUGAGGAGUCUCGUAUCGAGCAUAUGGCUCGAGUUAAACCCUCGCAGCGUUCUACUCCGAUACCACCGACUGUUUCAACAUUCGCAGAAACUGCGGAAGAAAAAAUGGAUACCGAUUCAGGUGCAAAUGUUCCAGUAAGCAAUAAAUUUCAUGAAGGCGAUCUCCCACCCCUGGACAUAACUCAAAAAAUUCCUCUUGAUAUCGUUGCAAGGAACUUAGAAAAGGAAGAGACAUCAUUACCUUUCACAUAUGGAAUGGUUUCACCACCGUCUACAAGGACAGCUUCUCAGCUUCAUCCUGAUAUUGUCAGUGAAGGAUCCGAGGUGUCCUCUCACGAGGCUUUCGAGAACUGUGGACAGGAGGAAUGCCGCAGGGGACAAGAAUCUCUGUCAUCUGGAGCAAAAACACCUGUGUCACUUGAGGAACAGCUAGAGCAAGAUGUAACAGCGAAACCCGUUCAUACCAGAAGUAUUGCAAAGUCAGAGUACUCAAAGGAGAGCACAAUCGAAUUGGCACCAGAUUAUAGUGAUGCAGUUGAUAAUUUCUUGGUGUCGAUUGCUGAUGGCGUUAGGGCAGUACCGUUUCUGGCUCUAGCAGAUACUACCGGGAUGAGUUUCAUCCUCCAUUUCGCAUUCAUGUUGGUAGCUGUUGUCGCCCAUUUCAUUCCGUACUUCGUAUCAAAUGCCAGUGAUUCUACUGUCUUCGAUGGGAUGGUCGCACAUGAUCUUGGAACGAAAUGCAGGUUAUUGGAAGAGCAAAAUAAAAUAAAGGAGAAGGAACUGAGCCGGCACGAGUUCUUGGAAACUGAAAUCCAACGAAUGCAGCAGGAACUGCAGUCUGCAGAAACCAAACUUGCAGUGGAACGAAAUCUUGUGCUAGAGGCAGAGCAACGUAGCGCAAACUGUGAACGUGUGCUUAAGGAUUCGGAGCUAGCUCACUCAUGUGCCGUGGGCGAUCUUCUGGCCCUACGAGAGACAGUAAUACAGCUUGAAAAGAAUCUAAAUGACGAACGUCGUGUCAAAGAAGAAACUGCCUUUGAAUUAGCUGGACUGAGGAAGAGUGUAACGAAACUUCAGAGCGAACUUGACUCCGUUAAUGAUGAAGUAGAGAGGCUAAAGUUACUAAAAAACAGUCUUGAUCUUGAAAAUGCAACACUAUCUGCAAUGAUUGAAGAAAUGGACAAAUGUAGAAGAGAAGCGAGUGCCAGAGACUCAGGUGGGUCGGGAGGGUGGUCUGACUUCGAAGAUGACAUUCCUGGAGACGCUGAUGAUGAAAAAGAAAGGACGCCGAACUCAUCAACCGCAAAACUUCCUGUCCUUGUUGCUAGCUCUGAUGUGCGUGAAAUCGCUAAACUACGUGCACAACUGAAAAGAUAUGAGCAAGAAGUGGAAACUACUCGAAGUGCUCUCGAAUCUGAGAAAGAGGAACGUCAUCGCAUGGAAUCGGAACUAAGGUCCUUUAAGAAAGAAUUGGAAAAGAAAGCGAAAGAAGUGGAAGAUCGCGAACGAGAACGUGCCAGAGCUGACGAGCGUUGCAAUGAGCUUUUAGCCAUCAUGAAAGACAAUAACUCGAAAAUAAGGGAUGCCGAAUUGUUUAUUGCCACUGAACAGCGUGAAGGCUUGAUGAAUGAUGCUAUGCUUCUGCCUCCAACCUUUCGCCAAGCUCUGUACAGAAGUAGGCAUGCUUCCUGA